AUGUUAUCAAAUCCGCGGCUCCGAUACGGUCUGAUACUCGGCGCAUGCUUCCUAAGCCUUGUGUUCCUGCUGCCGGCGUCGGUCCAUCGAGUGCUGUCGUUGGGCUUCUCUUCGCGCAUCAAAGCAAGCGAGACAUGGUACCGAGGGCAGAAGCUCAAGCAUUUCGCUUGGCAACCUCCACGUGACGAACGACUCAUCAUCACGGGCAAGAAGCUGCCCACACCCGAGGACCUCGGCACAACCACACUGACGACUCAGCCUAGGGUAGGUCGAGCCGCUUUCGUCGUGCUGGCGAGGAACAAGGACCUCUAUGAAUUACUGGAGUCAAUUAGAGGGAUGGAAGGUACGUUGAAAGUGGACCUCAUAGUGAAACUCGUGCGGCUCUGCACCCUAGUUUUAGCGUGAGCGGGCUCGGCAGUCGCCGCGGUUUUGGGGUGGGGGCGAUGCGUAGUGCAGGCGUUGACAAUCCUUGCUGACAUACACUACACCCGGCUACCCUUCUUCAGACCGCUUCAACCACAAGCACGGGUACCCAUGGAUCUUUCUCAACAACGAACCCUUCACCGAAGAGUUCAAGGAGCGCACCUCGCAGUUCACCUCGGGCGAGUGCAGCUACGGGUUGAUUGAUCCAUCGGAAUGGCCGACAGGAAAUUCAAUGCCCGAAAGUAAGUUGCCGAAGGCAAACUGAACCCUAUUGGUGGCUGCUAACCGCUUUGGGCAUGUUAUGAACACCCUAGAUAUUAAUGUUACUCUCGCGACCGAAAAAAUCAGCGCCAUGGGUCAAAGGCCGAUCCCCUACGGCGGUUCCAUAACUUGUGAGGUUGCGGAGGCCUGGUUCUGCUUUCUUUCGCACGCCCGUGUGUACUGACCCGUUCCCCUGGGUAGACCGUAAAAUGUGCCGGUACCAAAGCAUGUUUUUCUGGCGCCAUCCCUUGCUGGACGACAUCAAGUGGUAUUGGCGAGUCGAACCGAGCGUCAAGUACUACUGCGACCUUGACUUUGACCCGUUCCGCUUCAUGAAGGAGAACAAGAAAAAGUAUGGAUUCGUCUUGUCUUUAUACGAGUACCCGGACACUAUUGCAACUUUGUGGGAGACGACGAAGGCGUUCCUCAUCAAGAACCCUGAGCACUUGGCGCAGCCCAAUAUGAUCCCUUUCAUCUCGUACGACAAUGGGCUUAAUUAUAACCAAUGUGAGUGGACCCUGGAUGUCUCGGGGGCGCACUUCCAGAAAUUCUGACCGUACUUUCUCAUCUUUGCCAGGUCAUUUUUGGUCCAACUUUGAGAUUGGCGAUCUCUCGCUCUGGCGGUCGCAAGCAUAUUUGGACUAUGUCGAGUUCCUCGACAACGCCGGUGGCUUCUUUUACGAACGAUGGGGCGAUGCGCCGGUUCAUUCGAUCGCCGCAAGUUUAUUUCUGCAUCCCGACGAACUUCACUUCUUCGAUAAUAUCGGGGUGAGCAUUCGGGCGCCUCAGAUGCGCGACAUGGAUGACCUUAAGAGCUGACUGUCAUCUUAAUCGGCCCAUCAGUACUUCCAUGCACCCUUCCAUGUUUGCCCCGUCGGAGGUCCCACACGGAAUUGCGCUUGCGACGAGUGAGUCUUUCCCCCAAUUCAUGCCGGAGAUUACGGUACGGAGAAGCUGACGAGCGCCUUGGUUGACCUGUGCAGGAAAGAGCCUUUGAACUUUGGUGCGCGCGGAAGGUGGACCCCACCCCCCUGGACGCUGCUAGCUAACGUCACUUCGAAUUUUGCCCUCUGCAGAGUUUCAUGCAUACUCGUGCACGCCCCAUUUCAAGGUGAGACCUUCUCACAUUUGGCAACAACUCUGACAACACAACCAGAUCACUGACGGCUUCGUCGCUCAUCUCGACUCCUCAGCGUGUUCAGAGCACGGUCUUCAAGCCCGCUCCGCCACCGCCUGCUCCCAAAGCGACUGAUACGACAGACGCUCCGGCCAACGUCAUUAUCGUGACCGAGAGCCGAACGAUUGACUAA